UCCAGUAUGGCUUUCUCCAUUCUCUGUGCAUCAACAGCAACUUGCAAUGUCAUCCCAACAACAGGCAUUACUCGUGGCUUCUGCGGCAAAAUCUAGUGGAUCCCAUACCAUUCCUGCAAACGCACAACCUGGCUCCCAUUCUAUUCAGCACUUACCCGCCCGAAAUGGGCAAAACAUUGGUCGCCAAGUUCCUGGAAGCCUGAUUGGAAACAGCUAUUAUACACUCCCGGUAGGGAAUACAGUUCCUUUCCAAACAUCAAGCAUGUACAGGACGAGGCCAGUAACUCCAGUUAAUGGUGUCACAAACAUCAGAGCUAACAAAUUUUCAUCAACGUCACCAAUAUCUUCUAUCUCUUCAACUAAGUCAGGAAGGGAUUUUGAUUUCUCAUCGUUAACUCAAGGAUUGUUUACCAAACAGUGAGCAGGUUCUCCUGCAGCGGGUAAAUCCACUUUAAUCAAUCAUCAGUACAGAAUGAAAGAAAUUGAUGGAGAAUAAAUGGGGCAAUAGUAUUUUAGUUGAUUCCUUCCUAAGAUGUUGAUUUCAAUUGUAUCAGUAGGCCUUGUCUCAAUAAAAUUGGUUCAAAUUCCAUCGCAUGAAUUCACCUUCUUGUAGUUGCUUCUUGUGGUUAGGCCUUUUCAUCGCUGUUAAAUGACGAAAGCUAGGAUGUAAAAAAGUUCAAUUAAUGCAACAGGCUUAUAGCUCAAGUUAUUAAA